AUGCUGCAGGCGAUUAUCGGGGUGCUCUUUGAGAAGGCGAAGGCGUACGUGCGCACCAAGGAGUUCCGGCAGUACGUGAAGAGCACGCACUUCUGGGGCCCCGUGGCCAACUGGGGCCUGCCGCUGGCCGCCUUCAAGGACAUGAGGGCGUCGCCCGAGAUCAUCAGCGUCCGCAUGACGCUGGCGCUCAUCUUGUACUCGCUGGCCUUCAUGCGCUUCGCCUACCGCGUGCAGCCCCGCAACUGGCUGCUGCUGUCGUGCCACGCCACCAACGUGCUGGCGCAGAGCCUGCAGGCGCGGCGCUAUGUGCAGCACCGUCGUCGUGGCGCGGCCCCGCGGCCCGAGUAG